AUGCAGUGGAGGGAUCGCUUGUCGCCCUCCAUGAUGUGGGCGACCAGGACCAUCCAAGAGUGUGGUGCGUGCCUUCCGUCACACCAGGGCGCCGGAGCUGACGUGUGCCGCGAGUGUCGCGUCAGCUUCGACAGUGGACGGCUGCCCAAGGCCUGCUCUGUCAACAACAUGGCCAUCGGUUUGGACAACAAGACCCGUUCGGGAAUCAGCUACCGCAAGCACGUGAAAGGACAUAUUGUCGUCUUUCCGAACAAGGUGGACGAUCUUGUUGCCACCGUUCUUCCCCAUCCCUUGCUGCAAGCCAUUGAGAAUAUCCACGUCUCUUGGAGCGGCUCGGCUAAGCCUGGCUCCGCAGACGUCGGACACCUGCUUCGGGUGCGCAAAUCUCGAGUGGCAGCCGCCCUGGCAUGGCUCCAGAGGAACAACCCGCUUUACGAGAAUAUCUCAAUCAACCAAGCAGAGAUGGACGGCUGGCAGUAUGCCGAUGGGUUCAGUGUUCCGACCGUCAUCAUGGACCGCAUGCAAAGAGAGGAACCGUCGACCGUUGAGAGGACACAAACGGACCAUAUAGUCCCGAACACUGAUCGAGGCUUGGCGGAAAACAGCUUUACAAGCAUCGAUGAACUCGUAAACUCCAUCGAUCCUAUCUUCAUCGCUGAAUCUUGCGAUUUGGACUGUGCUCUGUCGACUGAGCAGACUCAACCUUCCCCUGGUGAGCCGGCGACUCUUGUCCCCGACUCGGCCGCCAUCGGCCAGGAAGUUGAUCCUGUCUACGAGACGUCUACGUCCGGCAUGUUUCCUCUCGAUGGUCCGGCUGCCUUCGCCGAGACCGAUAAACUGUCGUUUCUGGCCGACAUCGUCAACGCCAAUCCGGACCAACAGGGUACCUCUGUGCCAUGCGUUAUGCAGGUCCGAACUACAGGAGACCAGCCGUUUGUCCGAGUAGAGCGUGGUGCGGAUUUUGCAGACAACCUGCACGAAGAUUUCUUCCCUCGAACAUUUCCGAAGCUUUUCCCGUGGGAAGGGGCGGCCCGAAAUCGAAGGGCGACUCGAGUCAUGGCCGACAAAGCGACGCUGCCGACCGUCGUCCGAAUCACUCUCUUCAAUACUGGGCCAGAUACGUAUUGCAACGGCAUGGUGGCCGAUUCGCCACCCAUCCUACUUGAGCAGGCCUAUGCGAACUUGACCGAGGACCGACUGAAGAGGGCCGAGGCGGAGAUGCGGGAGACGAGGACUACGUCGGACCCCGACAUAUCGCUCUUGCUUCGCGAGCUGUCGAUCUUUGGCCAUGCACAGCCGCUCUCGAACGAAUCCCGUUUGCUUAUGCGGAGGAAGAUACAAGCUCUGGACAUCCGCGCCGGUAUGCCUGCAAUCUGGAUUACCAUCAGUCCCAACGACAUCAAUAACCCGGUAAAGAUGAAGCUUGCCAUUCAUAGGCUCCACGAUUAUGAGAUCGCCCUGAGCACCAUGGAUCCGGUCAGCUCGGCCAUCUUCUUCCACCGAGAAAUAUCCCUAUUCUUUGAAAAGUAUGUGAAUACAGGCCGGGAAUCGAUCUUCGGGAAGAUCAGCCACUACUACGCCACCGUGGAAACGAACGAGCGAGGCAGCCUCCACUUGCAUGGACUCCUCUGGCUGGACGGCAACAUGCGGUUACCGAACCUGAUAGACGACAUGGCCAAUCCCGCGGAAGAAUCAUAUCGUGCCCAGGUGAUCCGAUACGCAGACUCCGUCUUUCAUGAGUGUCUAGAUGAAGAUGCCGGAAAAGCCGUGCGACAGCAGAGGAAGCCCAUCGAUCCCGUGGAGGAGGUCAUGACUAGCACCUCGGCUCUCACUGCGGCCUUUGAAGACGAAUCCAAUUUCAUCGCAUACUGUUGCCAAGUGCACUCCCACACAUACACCUGCCUCAAGUAUUCUCUGAAGGGGGUCAUCGACCGGGGGGCAGAUCAACAGAGACGGACAGCCUGCCGCUUCAAGGCACCGUGGAAAAUCGUCGAGGAGACAGGGUUCACAGAGGAUGGCUUGCUUCAGAUUCAGCGCAACCAUCCACUCGUCAACCGGUACAACAAGUCGUUGGCGGUCGGCCUUCGCCACAAUCACGACGUCUCGAUGAUCUUGACCAAGACCAAGGGCCUGGCCAUGGUGUACUACAUCACGAACUACGCCACCAAACUGGAUACGCCGAUGUGGAAGCGCAUUGCUCUCGCCACCGAGGUUGCCCGCCAACUUCGCGAGGCCGGUCGUCCGACGUCUCGCGCGCCAGGUCCCGCCCUGCCCGACGGCAGGCAGCAGGCGGUAUUGAACGAAAGCCGUCAAUUCCUGAUGAGAACGGCAAAUCGCAUCUUCUCCGAGCGACAACUCUCGGCUGUCGAGGUUUGUUACCACCUCCUUGGAUAUGACACCGACUUUACCAACGUGCCGCAUUGGUCCUUCUUGAACUUGACGGCCCUAUACUGGACAAUCUUUCGGCUAUGGGCGCAUCUCCGCCAUCAGGCCGGCGAGCUCACGGACGCCGAACAGCCCCCAGAGACAAUCCCUCUGAGGCAAGGAGGGCGAACCCUAUUAUGCCUGGAGGCGUACGCCUACCGCGGUCAUGUUCUACAAGACUUAUGCCUGUAUGACUACAUGUCAAUGAUUCACUUGUACGCCGUCCCGAUCUUCCAAGGAUACAUCAGCGACGACCACGAGGACGAUCACCCAGUCUAUAUUAAGCGAAACUCUGUCCUACAUUUGGCGUUAUUCGUCCCUUGGGAAAACUUCACUUCUGAGAGCCUAGGUGAUAUAACCGACAUAUGGACGACGCAUCGAGCGGGCCUUUGUCCCCGCCUCCGUUUCUACGUCUCUAACAUUUGUCUUUUGAGAAAGUCUGCCGAAGACGCGCGUAAGGACGCGAAGCUCUGGGCCAGUCGGUCGGAGGGCGACGACACAAUUGACGUUGAGUACCCGCUUGACGAUGGCCGAUACGAAGAAGAGCCUCCAGCGAUGGCUCAUCGUCAGGCCUACAGAGCUCUACUCCAGAUUUUGCGAAAUGCCGUGCAGGACACGGACGCCACAAAAGACUCAGCCGUCCUUGGAGGUUUAAUACACGAUCUGUGCGAAGAGAACCCGGCUGGAGAAGAGCAACCUUUUGUCCAACGUCAAGAGGAUCUGUACCGGAAUAUGCCCCAUGAUCAAGGUGACGCCUUGUGUCAACUCCCCAUAUCUCGAGACGAUGUCCAGGCAGCGGCCAAGGCCCAACAACUAUUGCAUCUUCGGAUGCUAGACGACAUUGAGGGUGGUUCCCAGGGGACCAUGCUUUCCGCGGAUGGCGCCGACAUCGACGAUACGCUAGCUCGCUACGGCGAUACGGAGUCCCCUGCUGCGCUCCCGGGCAGCGACCUCAAUGAACGAGGCCCUCGGAUGCUUGUCGACGUCAGUCCGGCAACUAGCUUCGCGGAGAUGGGACACACCGCCGCGGCCAGCUUUACACUGAACUAUCUACAGACCAUGGCCCUUCAACUCGUUUGCCUGUUUCUGGACAAGUAUACUGCUAAUCCGGACUCAGCGGAUUCCCAUCGCGAUCCAAACAAACCGCCUCCCCCCUUCUCGGAGGCGAAGAAGUGGAUCUGGAAACAGAAGCUGGUACUCGUGAUUGACGAGGUCAGUAUGCUGGGAGGAGCCACUCUGCACAACGUCAGUCAUUACCUGCAGGCACUCCGUGACUGUCCGGACGAACCGUUUGGCGGCAUGCCCGUCGUUCUACUGAUGGGAGACUUCUACCAGUUCGCCCCGUGCGGGACAAGCCUACUGAUCAUCAGACCGCCGGACCGAACAGAGACCCCGCGACAAGCGACCAUAUCUCACCACAGCGGCUGCAGAUUGUGGCAUCUGUUCAAAACCGUGGUGCUCCUCGAAGACCAAGUCCGCGCACGCAACGAUCCCCAGCUCCGUGCACUCCUGGAUCGAGUUCGUAACGGGCGCCAGACCCAUGAAGAUCUGAGCUUGCUCAAUGCCAACAUUGUAGGACGCUCGCAAAUCACCUUUCACGAUGGUUUGCGUGCUAUAACGCCGCUGAACCGCACCCGGUGGGCCCUCAACAUGGAAGCUGUUGUGGGCUGGGCGCGCUUCAACAAGCGGCACAUCCGUAUCUUUGUCUCGACUCACACCUGGCGCAACGGCACGCUGUCUCCAAACCUCAUAGCGCGAACCAUCGGACAAGGCGACGACUCUGCCUGCAAAGUCCCCGGCGUCUUCUUCUACGCCCAGGGCAUGCCCGUGGUUGUGAACAAGAACAUCUACACUGGCCUGAAGGUGGUGAAUGGGGCUGACUUUACUGCCGUGGACGUGAUAAUCGAUCCCAAUCACCCGGGAUACUGCUUGGCAGAUGACGUGACCAUCCACUUCGGGCCACCGCUCGGCAUUCUUCUGCAGUCCGAGGAGACGAAGACCUUGGCGAUACCGUCCCUCCCGGGUAAAACAUUCGUCGAAGUACUGUUGGAGCUGCGUGGAAAUCGUGUGACCAAUGGUGAACCCUCCAAGUGCGAUUUUACGAGCCUCUAUGUGCAACUAUCCAGGUGCACCUCGCUUCGGGGCAUCAAGCUUCUUAAUCCCGUGAGACACCAUGACUUCAUUGGCAAUGGGCUCGAUCAGGCCAUUCUUGAUGGAAUGCAGAGACUCAAGAACUUGGCCGCGGAAACGAGACGGUUAUACAAGGACCAAGGUUUCGAAAAGUAG